AUGAAGAUUGGUUUCGUAUUAAUAGUAAUCCACAUAUUAUUGCAGUUAUCGAUGACAUCACUAUUACUUAUGGCGACGGAGGCCCCUCCUCCUGAGGAAACCACUGAGGAAACCACAGAUGAGCCGGGAGGUAAUGACAAUACUGGCAAUAGUGGUAAAAUUAUUUUAACGGUAACGAAGAAAGGUAACGCUAAUGUGAUCGUAUUUCCUACUGGAGCCCCUCGUGCAACUGGUGGCAGGGGUGGCAGGGGUAAUGGUGGUCAGGGCGGGGGUCGAGUCUUACAGCUGACUGCUAACAAAAAUGCUGUCCAAGAGUUCAAAGAUCAAAAGCAAAAACAGAGAGAAAGUCGUCAAAGUGGCUGA